ACACAGACAAUUAUCAUUUGUGUUUGUCUGUGCGAAGCAUGAGUGCACCCAUGGUAGUACCCAUGUGGUGGCACCCUAGCAUUUUCUUUGGAAAAAAGAUGAGUUGGGCAUAGUUUGGUCAAAGUUGAAUUGGAAGCGCAAGAAGUCACCCUCAACAGACACACCCCCACGGUCCCCGCCAAAGCCCCACCCCACCGGGCAGACGCUGACAAAACACACAGAAAUUGCAUUGCGAGGGGAUGAAAUGCGAAGAAUGGCAGCCGUCGGGAGUAACGCCGGCGCUACCGGCGGCGAAGUAUGGAAAGCUCAUGUCGCCAUGGCAAUGGUUCAGGUCUUCUAUGGAGGAUAUCAGGUGAUUACCAAGGUGGCCCUCAAUGUCGGCGUCAAUAAGCUCGUCUUCUGCGUCUACCGCGAUCUCAUCGCCCUCUCCAUUCUCAUCCCCGUCGCCUACUUCCGGGAACGAAGAUUGAGACCCCGUAUAAAUAGGCAGCUGCUAUUGUCAUUCUUUACCCUAGGAUUAACAGGGUAAGAUAAAUGGGCUCGAAGCUGUUUAAGUUCAAUUUUCUUCUUAAAAGUGUGAUGGAAUAAAUCAAAAUGGAUCUCUAAACUGUCUGCGCUUCUUUAAUUAAUGAAGUAGCAGUUAGUCAAGCAAUGCAACUUUCGACGUUGAGCCGGGGGUCUCUUUGGAAACAGCCUCUCUACUUUCGAGUAGGGGAUAAGUCCCUGACACAAUAUCUUUCUGGAAAAUUGAAACAGGGUUUUCGGAAACCAACUCUUGUUUAUGAUUGGUCUUGCAUAUACGACUCCUGCUUAUGCUGCAGCAGUACAACCUGCUGUGCCAGUAUUUACAUUUAUAUUGGCCGUGCUGAUGGGCACAGAAACACUGAAGCUGCUUACUCGAGAAGGUCAAGCAAAGAUCGGAGGUACGAUUGUAUGUGUUUCAGGUGCUAUUGUGAUGACACUGUUUCGAGGUCCAGCCAUCCUUGGGUUUAUAGAAUCAGAGUUCACAGCACAAAGUGAAAUAAGUGCUCGUGGUCAGCCUGAACCGUCUGGAUGGUUAAUGUCUAGUUUCCUGGAAUUUGGUUUUGAUUACUGGCACCUUGGCAUGCUGUGCUUAAUAGGAAACUGUAUAUGCAUGGCAGCAUACCUAGCCUUUCAGGCACCAGUUCUUAAGAAAUAUUCUGCAAGCAUAUCUUUGACAGCAUAUUCAUAUCUUUUUGGCACCAUAUUCAUGGUAACCACAGCACUUUUUACAACAAGCCUGCCCACAGAUUGGAGUUUGACACAAUCUGAAGUUAUUGCAGUGUGCUAUGCUGGAGUUAUUGCAUCCGCGCUUAACUAUGGACUCCUGACAUGGUGCAAUAAGAUUAUUGGGCCUGCUUUAGUUGCUCUCUACAAUCCUCUUCAACCUGCUGCCUCAGCAUUCCUAUCACGAAUUUUUCUUCAAAGCCCUAUUUAUUUGGGAAGCAUAUUGGGAGGACUUUUGAUCAUAGCUGGUCUUUAUUUGGUAACAUGGGCAUCAUAUAGAGAGAAACACUCAUCAAUGGUAACUAUUCCUCAUACUUUUCGCUCAUCAGAACCUCUAAUUCUCAGAGAAUCUUCACCUAACAAGAUCUCAUAGCAGACUGGACAAAGUUUAUACGAUCCUACAUGUACACCUGCCUAAGAUGAUCGAAUAGCAAGUCUUACACUCCGUUUAUAGUUACAGGAAGAUCUUACUGUGUCUUAUUUGAUAUUCACAUGUUCAAGCAUCUAUAAAGAUGAUUAUUAAUUGUCUCCCGGCAUUGUAGAUGUUAAUG